GCAGGUAAAUGUCAAACGAGUAAAUUCAUGAUAUGCUUUGUUUUAUUUCUAGGGGAAAAGCUAACAAAUUUAUAUGAAUGUCAAAGCCAUAUUUUGUCUGGAUUUGGAAUAUGGAAUGCAUUUCUCUGAGCUGGGAUCCUCUUUUACUCUCUUUUUCAGGUACUAGAUGACAUAUCUUAACUGGGUUGCUCUAAAGGACUAAUGCCUAAACCAUCUCAACAUGGCCUGUCGAGGAGGAGGUGGGCAUGGCCAUGGUCCCUCAGCUGCGCUCUACUCUGUACGCCCUGGAAGAUUUUUCACAUGUAGAACUCGUGCUCAUAAUAUAUGCAUGGUGUCGGACUUUUUCUACCCGAAUAUGGGAGGCGUGGAAAGCCACAUUUACCAGCUGUCUCAGUGCCUGAUUGAAAGAGGACACAAGAUCAUAAUUGUCACCCAUGCUUACGGAAAUCGAAAAGGCAUCCGUUACCUCACCAAAGGCCUCAAAGUCUAUUACUUGCCUCUGAAAGUUAUGUACAACCAGUCUACAGCCACGACCCUCUUUCACAGUCUGCCUUUGCUCAGGUACAUAUUCGUUCGGGAGAGAGUCACGAUAGUCCACUCACAUAGUUCCUUUUCUGCCAUGGCCCAUGACGCCCUCUUCCACGCCAAGACAAUGGGGCUCCGUACAGUCUUCACGGACCAUUCCCUUUUUGGAUUUGCUGAUGUCAGCUCGGUGCUUACAAACAAGCUUCUAACUGUAUCUCUUUGUGACACAAACCACAUAAUUUGUGUCUCUUAUACUAGUAAGGAAAACACUGUGCUAAGAGCAGCAUUGAAUCCUGAAAUAGUGUCCGUCAUUCCUAAUGCUGUAGAUCCUACUGACUUCACUCCAGACCCAUUUAGAAGGCAUGAUAGCAUAACUAUUGUUAUUGUCAGCAGACUUGUUUACAGAAAAGUUGAUAGAGCCUGUGCAUCACUUGACCCAACAGCUGUAGGGUAUAUGCUAUCUGCAUGUAAGAGACAAAGAAACAGUCUCAGAGAGGGGACCGAUUUGCUUAGUGGUAUAAUACCUGAACUCUGUCAGAAAUAUCAAGAUUUAAAUUUUAUAAUUGGAGGAGAGGGACCAAAGAGAAUAAUUUUGGAAGAAGUGCGGGAAAGAUACCAGCUACAUGACAGAGUGCGUCUCUUGGGAGCCUUAGAACACAAGGAUGUUAGAAAUGUCUUAGUUCAAGGACAUAUUUUUCUUAACACUUCCCUUACUGAAGCAUUCUGCAUGGCCAUUGUGGAAGCAGCCAGUUGUGGUUUACAGGUUGUAAGUACCAAGGUUGGUGGAAUCCCCGAAGUGCUUCCAGAAAAUCUUAUUAUUUUAUGUGAGCCUUCUGUAAAAUCUUUGUGUGAGGGACUGGAAAAAGCUAUUUCCCAACUGAAGUCCGGAGCACUGCCGGCUCCAGAAAAAAUCCAUAACGUAGUAAAGACUUUCUACACCUGGAGGAAUGUUGCAGAGAGAACUGAAAAAGUGUACAACCGAGUGGCAGGAGAAACUGUGUUACCGAUGGACAGGCGACUGGACAGGCUCAUGUCUCGCUGCGGCCCGGUAACAGGCUGCAUUUUCGCUUUGUUGGCUGUAUUCAACUUUCUCUUCCUCACCUUCCUGAGGUGGAUGAUGCCGGAUUCUCUCAUUGAUGUUGCGAUAGAUGCCACAGGGCCAAAGGGUGUCUGGACUAAGCAGUGUCCUUGCAGUAGAAAAGGGAGCAGGAAUAAUGAGAUGCCCAAAACCAGGUAGAAGGAAGCCUAGAUUGGAAGAUUUUUAAUAUUUGUAAUAGUUCUAUUAAGAUGAUUGAAAAUAACCUUGCUUUUUUCCCUUCGUAAAAUUAAUUUAGUAAGUUGUGCUACCUCUAUAUCAGUCAAUGUUUUAUUUUGAGGAAAAAUAACUUAUGCAAUUCCUGAGUGUAGAAACUCCUUGCACUUAUUUAAAAUUUAGGAGAGAACCUAUUUAAGUCACUCAGGUAUGAAAUUUUUCAAACUACUGAAGUUCCUCUAGCAGAGAUGUUUUCACAUAUUUUGGGAGCUUUGGGUGCUGAAGGGCCAAACGUUUUCUGGACAUUUUUUUUGGCCAAUUUAAAUGUUCUGCCAUUAAUUAGGUAUUCACCAGAUGUUUACAAGUUUCCUUUAGGGAAGUACCACAACUCUAUGAACUAUUUUAAGUCAUGUCCAUGCACCUUCAUUAGAUAGUUAAGUCAUGUUUUUAACCUUUUUUUUGGGUACACUCAGUAAGUGUUACAUAUAAUCAGCAGGUUUCUUGAGUAACAAGGUCUGUCAGUUACCAGCAUGCUUUAAGCGCCUACUAUGUGUAGAACAUUGAGCUAGAUAUUUCCUGCCCUGAAGGACCAGGGUGCAUUUGCUGUUUGUCACUCAAAUGGCUCACUUCAUUGUAGUGACUUGACGUGAAAUGGCAAAACAUCCAGCAUGCCAAAAAUGCUCACGCUUCUAAUGCCAGGACGACGGUGCCGGCCCGCUCCGAGCACGUUUUUGAUCCUGUGGUGGGCAUUCUGGGUGGAGCCGUCCUUUUCAGUUGUGUUUAUGAAAAUGCUUUCUGCUUUUUAAUUACUAGGGACCGAUAUCACUGUUGAUGAGAGUGCAGAGACAAACCUUCCACAUCUUUCAGCGCGUAAUUUAGUUCUCUGUGAAUGCCUUCGUGUUUUCCGAGCAGAAUGUAUGGGGUGUGCCAUCUCAAACUCAGCUGCUCCCCUGUACCUUUGAGAGAAGUCACUUCCCUUCACUUGUGGCCUAGCUGAUGUCUGAGAAGUAUUGUCAGUGUGCAAAAAAGUCGUUACCCCAGAAUGUUUUUUCCUGGUGAAUUGAGCCUGAAAAUUUUAGGAUGGAUGUGUUAUUAACUGUAAUUGUUGCCCAGAGCCAUGGGUUUUUAAACCCCAGAUUAUCCACAUGGUGUGUCUUACUGAACUCCUUCGAAUAAGUUUUUGUGAUAAAGGACUGAAAUAGAAAGAAAGAGGCACGUGUGGGUGCACUACAUAGAUCCUGGCAGUAUUGUGAUUGUGUGCAGGAUUUUUUUAAAUGAUAAUAUUUACAAGACUUUUUUUAAAGUAUCUUAACAUGCCUGUUAAUCAGUUGCCACUGAUAUAAAGAAAUAUAUUUGUGUUUCAUACUAAAACACAAAUGCAAGAGCGUAAUUUUUAAAAUCUAGAAGUUAGGAGUUCUUUAGUAAAGAAAAAUAGACUGACCCAAACCAUUACAUCCUAUUAGGAUUUUUAUGCACAGAAACUGACUUAUAUAAAUAUGGAAUAAACAGUGCCAAUAUUUGUGAAAAAAAGAGAAACUGUAACAUUUAGUUUUAUUCAGCAAUUUUCAAAGGCAUACUAUUUUUUUCUUAUAUUUUUGUUUCUUCGCAUCUUUUUUUCAAAAUCAUUAUUGUCAUUUAUUUCAGAGGGACAUAGGCAUUAAAGUUCUUCUUGCAUGUAAAAUAUGUAAUUUGCAAAUUAAAAUUCUUUUUUUUUUUUUUUUUUUAAACGAAUGGAAGUAAAUUUGCUUGUUCUAAUAGAUCUUCAUUUUCAGGCUUCCAGGAUACUUUAAUUGUAACUGUCAGUGUUGCACCGGGCAAUAUGUGGAAACAUAUUGUUCCACCAUCUAACUUACAUUUAUUUGAAAGUGAACUUUCAGUAACGAGGAUUUUAUGAAAAAUGUAUUUCUUUUGAUGUUACAAAAAGUUGCACACGUAAAACUGAUUUAUGAAAACAUGCUCCAUAUCCUAUAAAAAUAAAGACCAAAAUGAAUUUUUAAAA